AUGCUGGCGAGUUCCAAAGCAGCAAGUGGCGUGAACGGACGAGACUUCUCCAAGGUUGAACAUGACGAGGCAGUGGUGGAGGCCAUCAGGCGGGACCCCAUCGUCGUCCAGGUUCUCAGGCGAACGCCCUCCAGCGCCGCGGCUGCCGUUGUGCAAAUGAACAGCAGCUCACCACAGGACGUGUGCGUGACUGAUGUUUGUACUCAAACAGACAUCACCUUUGAGCACAUCAUGGCACUGGCCAAGCUUCGGCCCACCACCCCACCAGUGCCAGACAUCUGUCCGUUCCUGCUCUCUGACAGCUGUCAAUCCAUCCACACUAUGGAGCAUGAGUUUUACGAAUGUCCAGAAUAUCUCUCCAAUACCCCAGCAGAACUGGAGAGGACUGAAGAGUAUGUGUUUGAGGAAGUGGAACUCUGUAGACAGAACAUCCAGGAAAAACUUGGGCUGACGCUGUGCUAUCGAACGGAUGAUGAGGAGGACACUGGCAUUUAUGUCAGCCAGGUGGAGCCGAACAGCAUAGCAGCUUUGGACGGACGCAUCAAGGAAGGAGACCGCAUUCUGCAGAUAAAUGGCUGUGAAGUGCAAGACCGAGAGAAAGCCGUUGCGAUGUUGUCAAGCGAAGAAGCGAGGAGCAUCACACUGCUGGUGACAAGACCAGAAAUCCAGCUGCUGGAGGAGGACGAGGCUGCAUGGCUGGACGAUGAGCAACAGGAGCUUGUUGAGGAGCUCAAGAUGGAUCUGCUAGAAGAGAGGAGGAAGCAGAGGGAACAAAGCUUUCAGAGGCCAGAUGAGCUCGAAGGGGAAGAAGACUUGACCACAGACACCUAUUCCUCCAACAAUCAAGACAGUGGGUUUGGGCGAAGUACAGACAGUCCAGAGCACCAGCCCUUGUUGGCCAGAAUGCACAGGAGGAGCCCAGCCCAAUGCUUGAGGGACAAAUGGCGGUCAGAACAUCCACACACCAAGCAAAGGGCUGUUUUGCCACAGGAAACCCAGGCUGCAAGAACAAAUUCUUCAAGUCAAGGCAAUGAAGGCAUAGUGAAUAGCCGUAAUGCUGGAUGUGGAGUUAUAGGUUUAGAGAACUGUUUCCAGCAACUCUUAGAGCUCAAGUGCCAAAUUCGGAAUGGGGGUGAAUGCGGGGUGUACUCCAUUCGACACAGUAUAGAAUGUAGCCUCACUGAGAAAGGUGGAGGGGACAGAGAUAGUGAAGAGGGAGCAGAAGGAGGGGUGGAGCAAGAUUUGAGGAUGCUAAAUGAGGAGCUGCGUAGCAUUGAGUUAGAAUGUCAGAGCAUCAUGCAAGCCCACCAGCUCUGCCACUCCCGCCAGCUGGACCAUUCAGAACUUGAACCUUGCUCCACAGGACAGAACCUUAAAGAUGGACACAGGCAUCAUGGCAGGUUGGCAGAUAUCCAUGAACACCCGGAAAGGUCGGACAGUGAUAAGAUUCGUGAGAACGACAGUUCCAGUGCCUACAACACAGCAGAGAGUGCUCGCUCAACGCCGUUAGGCAUGGAGAGGUCUUCUGACCACUCCCUGCAGAGGCACAUCAGCAUUACCAACCAGAAAAACCUCCGGCUGGUCUCUUCAGCACCCUCUAACCCCAUCCCAAUCCCCAAGUCGCAAGGCAUGACUAAAUCUUGCAGACCAACAGAUCCAGGUCCAGUUAUCUCAAGCAGCCCAGACCAGAGUAAUCCUUCGAGAUCUGAGUCGGACCCAGCCCUGCCAGCAGACGAUGAAAGGUACGAAAAAAAGGGAAGGACUAGAGACUCAAGAAGAGGGCUUCCCUAUGGUUCUUCAUAUCAAACGUCCACCUAUCAUGGCCAGGGAGGACCUAAACAAUUUCAGAGCUACAUGCAGCUACUACAACAGCACUCAUCUUUGGAGUAUUCUCAGAGCCAGCUGAGCCUCCUCAGCGUUUGUCGAGAUCCGGUACAUCGCAACGGACGCCCCGGGGAACCUCGUCUGGAGUGGAAAGUCAAAGUUCGGGCUGAUGGGACACGGUACGUUGCACGAAGACCCGCUCGUGACCGCAUACUGAGGGAGCGGGCACUACGGAUCAGAGAGGAGAGAAGUGGAGGCAUGACUACAGACGAUGAUGCCAUGAGUGAGAUGAAGAUGGGUCGCUACUGGAGCAAAGAGGAGAGGAAGCAACAUUUGGCACGGGCCAGAGAGCAAAGAAAGAGGAGGGAAUUCAUGCAAAAGAGCCGCCUUGAAUGUCUGAGGGAAGGACCAGUAAGCGGAGCUGAGGGCAGGAAGGAGAUCAAUAUCUUAGAGCUUAGUCACAAGAAGAUGAUGAAGAAACGAAAUAAAAAGAUUCUAGACAACUGGAUGACCAUCCAAGAGCUGAUGAGCCAUGGGGACAGAGUCCCAGAGGGGUCUAAAGUACAUAAUGCCUUUCUUUCUGUUACUACUGUGUAAAGGACAGCUUUAAAAGCU